AUGUAUGAUACACAAACAAAUAUAGUAAAUUGGUUUUUCGAAAAAAUGAAAUUUUCCGAAAUAAUAAAAGAACUUUUACAUGAUAAAGCACAGGAGAAUUCGGAUAAUCUCGUAUCGUGGCCAUCACUGUGUAAAGAAUUGUUGCGAGAAGAAAAUCAAAAUGAACAGCAAUUUGACGAAAUUACAACACAUUUAUUUGAUUGUAUAAAUAUUCCACAACGAAAUCAGAAUUCAAGAUUUAAAAAUGGAAUCAUUGAAAGACCAUUUUAUUUAGCAUUUAUAGAAUUGCUUUACAAAUGUUUUGAAAAUGGUAAAUUUCCAGUGGAAUUUAAAACAAGUCAGUUAUCUAUGUUAGAAAAUAAAAAUUUAUCAAGAUUGGAACAAAUAGAAGAUGAAAUUAAACGUAUAACAAAUGAAUUACCUCAAAUUUCAACUUCACUAUUUAAUGAAUCGCAUAAAGAGAUACUUCAAGAAUUUCUAUUUACGUUUUUAGAUCCUAAAGAUUUAAAUACAUUUUUAGGAUUACGUACUACAGCAGGAUCAUCUAAUCAAUUACCUCCUUCAUUGAAUGAUUGUAUAAAAUCUUUUACAAAGCGUUAUAAUAAAAAGAAUGCCAAGCCACGAAUUAAAGGUGCUAAAGCUUUUUCUAAACAUUUUCAUAGAGAUCUUUCAAAUUCUUUUUGGGGAACUUGUAGUGGAACUGAAAAACAAAAAAAUGAGCAAGCUAACCGAAUUUUGGCAAAAAUUAUAAUGGAUGCCGCAUGGAUAAAUUUGCAUUCAAUGGUGCAUGAUACACGCGUUUUUGAAAUUCGUAAUUCGGAAGGUUAUGGUGCUCGUUGGGAAAUUCAAGAUUCUAAUACACAACCGUCAUCUCAAUCUUUGCAAGGUACAAUAUCAUCUUACGCGAGUGAUGACAAACCAAUAAUAAUUUUUCGCGGAUUUCUAGAACCUCAAAUGAAAGAUGGCCAUAUUAAAGGAUGGAUUCAUUAA